CAGGCAGCGAUGGCGCACCGCCUGGCAGAGCUGGAGGCUCCUCUGGACGCUCACCAAGCCGGGGACCAGGGCAAGAAUGUCCUGAGGCGCUGCAGAGGGAGACCCAGACUCACGGACUCUGACCGGGCACAGAGGCGUCUCCAGUCCCGGAAGAAGUACGACGUGAGGCGGGUUUACCUCGGAGAGGCGCACAAGCUGUGGAGCGAGCUCCGCCGGAGGACCAGUCUGAGUGAUGCCGGGCUGGCUGAGUACCUGAUCCUGCUCAACUCCACCUACGGAGAGAAGUACCAGCAGAAAUACUGCGGGAAGAAGAUUGCUCCAGAAGUGUCAGUAAAACAGAAAAGAGGUAAGCGGUGCCUCUCACAGAUCAGUCAUCUAGUUUGUUUACACCAAGACCGGUCGCACUCCUGCCCCCACGAGCCCCAGCUCCGAGCUCUGGAGCCCCAGUCCAACUUCUCCACCGCCGCCAUCUGGCAGUGUGACUCCAACCACUCGUUUGUGCAAUACCUUUUCUCCCCGCUGAGGGAAGCGAGUGACUCCGAUGAAGGAGGGAACAGGGAUGGAGACGGAGAAGCAGCAAAGACGGACAUGCUGGUGGCGAAAGGCGCUGUGAGCCGCAAGAGGAGGAAGGAGGCUCACAAGCAGUUCAAAGAUGUGGAAGAAAAUGUGGAUGAUUCUGAGGCGCAACAUACGACUGUGAGCUCCAUAGAAGAGGCUGCAGCUCUAAACCACCAGCCCAGCUUAGAGGCCAGGGACGCCCCGCUGACAGGACAGCCCGUCUGGGAGAUGGAGAUGGAGAUGGUGCGACAGCAAGGUUCCCUCACUGCAGCGUUUCGCUCCAUCCCUGCAGAGGAGGAGGAGGAGGAGGAGGAGGAAGAAGAGGAAGAGGAGGCUGAGGAUCUGAGACGAGGCAAGGAUGGAGGGGAGGCAGAAGGAGAGCGGCUCAGAGAGGAAGAAAUCAGGACUGUUCGGCACGACUACGAGUGCGUUACAGUGACGUCGUCUUUAGCUGAUGAACUGGAGAAGGCCGACGAGGACUCGGUGCUGUCGCAGAGCCUGAGCGGAUCGGUCCCUCUGGGCGCUCAGCCGGAGCUGUCGGUCCCUCCGCCCAUGCAGGUACAAGAGCAGAGCGAGCUGUUCGACCCUCAGACUCUGCAGACGGUGGUGACCGGCUGCGAGAUGCCCGACCAGAGGACGGCCUUGGAGGGCUCGCAGUUAAUCAUCAUCACUGGCCCCAGCUACGAGGCGCUGGCAUCAGAGGGGAUCCAGCUCAACAUGGGCAGCGGAAACGUCGAGGAGGUUACGUGCACUGUCAUCGGAGGUGUCACCUACAACCAGGUGUGCGCGUCUGACUCAAAAAUCCGAACUGCAGAGGAUGAAGACUCCAUGACAGGUCUGAGCGACAAACAGCUGCUGCAGCCGACUGUGGACACUCUGGAGCUGAGCAGCGACCGCGAGUUGCAGAGGAGUCUGAGCAGCGUCCGUUCAAAGAGGAGCAGACGAGGUCCGGUCAUCGAGGCUGACGGGAUGCUCAAAAUGUUCCACUGUCCGUAUGAGGGCUGCAGCCAAGUCUAUGUAGCAAUCAGCAGUUUUCAGAAUCAUGUGAACCUCGUUCACCGGAAAGGCAGGACCAAGGUCUGCCCACACCCCGGCUGUGGGAAAAAGUUCUACCUGUCAAACCACCUGCAUCGACACAUGAUCAUCCAUUCAGGGGUCCGAGAUUUCAUCUGUGAGACGUGCGGGAAGUCAUUUAAGCGCAAGAAUCAUCUGGAAGUUCACAGACGGACUCACACGGGAGAGACACCGCUCCAGUGUGAAAUCUGCGGCUACCAGUGUCGCCAGCGUGCGUCCCUGAACUGGCACAUGAAGAAACACACUCCGGAGGCCCACUACAACUUCACCUGCGAGUUCUGCGACAAGAGGUUCGAGAAGCUGGACAGCGUCAAAUUCCACAAGCUGAAGAGCCACCCUGACAAGCAGGCCACCUGAGGUGUCCCCACGCCGCCCACCGGAGCCGAAGCAGCGCGGGAUUAGAAAGCGAAGGAAGACUUCUAAGUGAAGAGAGAAGACGUUCCUUUGCUGGGUUUGUCUCGCCUCUCAUGUCGAGGAUGAUGUGAACGUCGCCUGUGUUCAUCCACGGAGGCAGAAGUGGACCAACAGCUGUGCAGGACACAAGCUGAGGCCGAUCGCAGGUGUUUGGUACAGCAACAGAAAAAAACCAUAAUCAGUUUGUGACUAUUUGCUAAACCCCUCCUGAGCGAUUGCUGUUUAGCAUCCUUAGCAAACUUAGCUAGGGUUGACUUAAGGUCUU